GUCAAGCUUUGAGCAAUUUAGGGUGCAGUGUUAACAAGCUGUCACUAGGGGGCAGUAGAAAACUUUAUAUCAAUGCUGACGUCAUCUACUCACAUCUGUCUGUCAAUGGCGAUGUAAACAUUGAUUUCAUGUGCUCUCGAAUUAGCUGAAAGAGGAGCCUCCCACACCUUUGACUCUCCCAUGAAAGGUUGCAGCUCUGAGCCUCUCACCUUUCAAAGCAGCACAACUAUCUGGUUUGGUCAUUCAAAUGCUGCUGUGUCAGCAUGGCUUCAACAUCAGGUUUUGCCCCCCCAAAGCUGGCGGACUUCAUCCUCACAGAGAGGCUGGGCAGUGGCACAUAUGCUACAGUCUACAAAGCCUACAGGAAAGGGAACAGUCGGGAGGUUGUGGCAGUGAAGGUGGUUGGGAAGAAGACUCUAAAUAAGGCCUCAACAGAAAACCUCCUCACAGAAAUUGAAAUCCUGAAAACUGUACGUCACCCUCACAUUGUCCAGCUGAAGGACUUUCAGUGGGACGCUGACAACAUUUACCUGAUCCUGGAAUGGUGCUCUGGAGGAGAUCUCUCCCGCUUCAUUCGCAGCCGCAGGAUUUUACCUGAGAGUGUGGCCAGGCGGUUUCUGCAGCAGAUUGCUUGUGCCCUCCAGUUUCUCCAUGAGAGAAACAUCUCACAUUUGGAUUUGAAGCCUCAAAAUAUUUUACUGAGCGGCUGUGUCCUUAAACUAGCAGAUUUUGGUUUUGCCCAGUACAUGUCACCGUGGGAUGAGAAGAGCGUCCUCAGAGGCUCUCCUCUGUACAUGGCUCCUGAGAUGGUGUGUCGCCGGCAGUACGACUCCCGAGUGGAUCUCUGGUCCGUGGGAGUCAUUCUUUACGAGGCUCUGUUUGGACGAGCUCCAUUUGCAUCAAAGUCUUUUGCCGAAUUAGAAGAGAAGAUCCGGAGUGACCAGCCUAUUGAGCUACCUCCCGGGGCCAAGGUAUCCAAGGACUGCAGGGAUCUUCUGUUGCGGCUUUUGGAGCGAAAUCCAGAUGCCCGGAUCACAUUUGCAGAGUUCUUCACCCACCCUUUUGUGGAUAUGGAGCACAUGCCAAGUGCAGACAGCAUAGAGAAGGCAAAAGAGCUGGUGGUGCAGGCUGUUCAGAAAGACCAGGAUGGAGAGAGGUCCUCCGCACUGUCUCUUUACUGUAGUUCCCUUGAGCACUUUGUCCCCGCCAUCUACUAUGAAACAGACCGACAACGUAAAGAAGCCCUCAGGCAGAAGGUCAAGCAGUACGUUUCCAGAGCUGAGGAGCUCAAAGCUCUGCUCGCUUCAGACAACAAACGAAGCGUCGAAGAGGCCCGAAGUGCCAGAGAUGUUCUCCGAGAAAUGUCUCAGGACCAACCACGAGUCGUCGCUGCUUUGAAUUUGGCGUCCACAGCCAUCGCUAAGGAGGAGAGCCGAUCAGAUGAUUGUGAGGCUCUGGACAUGUACCAGCAAUGCUUAGGAGAGCUUCUGUUGGCGCUUGCAGCGGAGCCGCAGGGCCGGAGGAAAGAGCUGCUGCACAGUGAGAUAAAAACCCUCAUGGCGAGAGCAGAGUACCUUAAAAAGCAUAUUAAGAUGCAGGAGACUCAGCAGGAUGUUUCUCUGGAUCGAGAAUCUUUUGCAGAUUCUAUCAGAGGCUCCUGCUGUGUGCAGUGAGUUGGGGAGCUUCCAGGAAAAGACUGGAGAGCCUGCAGCCUGUCGGUCAGCGUUUGGGACGGACACAGAGCCUUCACCUCAUCAGGUCUCUGCGGGUUCAAACCACACCGAGUUCUGACCAACUGAGUACACCGUCUGGGUGGGAUUUUGCACUUGCCAGCCAAAUGUGGCUACUGCUUUGGCUGUUGCUGGGCAGUUUUUCUAUCAGAUAAAACUGGCAGGUGAGGAACCUUGAUUUGUUGUUUUUCCAUUAAAAAAAAAAUGUUGAAGUUAAGGCACUUAAAGUCGCUCUUGAUUUUCGGAUUAGCUCCACGGUUAAUGUGAAAGUUCCCUGCACUUUUCUUUGGGACUAGUUCCCUCGAUCCCCCGCCUCCCCAUUGAAAUGUAAAUGCAGGACAGCUUGGAUGACAAUACCCCACUGUCAUGGUAAAAGAGACGGCUGCAUUUGUUUUUAGUCCAGCAUUCAGAGGAAAUCCCAGCCCGACUUUCAGACCUGAACGGCGGCAAACAAACCUGUACUGUAAUGUGAAGGAAAGUCACAGCUGUUAAGAAUAUUUAAGCCUUUCAAAUAUUUCAGCCUGGAUGUAGAGCCCCCCCUCCCUACUCUGCCUUUGCUGUGGGUCAGCCGCAGGCUCGCCGUGCUCUCUCCACUGAUGGAGACCUCGCCGCCUCAGUGAGGGUAAACCGGAGAGGUGCGGCCUCUGCCUUAUUUACAUUGGUCUUAAAUGUUCUUAGGUUUGGCAGCAGCUCUUCGUUUGAGGAAUACUCAUGCAAAGCCUUCAGAGGCAGGCCUUCAUGAAACUGGAAGGCUCUCGGCAUGCUGACUGCCGUACUGUACUGCUGUACGACUACACUGUCUGAAUAUCAAAGAUGUAAAUAUUUCACGAGGGAGAAUCGUUGUGUGGAAUCUUAAAGCAACACAGGAAAUACUUGAAACAAAAGAAUAAAAUAGAAAGUGACGCACUGUCUGUUUAGACACAUUAAUUUAAUGACAAAUAAUAUUCAUUGCAAUAUCCAAAAAGUGCACCAUUGUCUGCCUUGUGUUAACAUAUUCAAACUAUUAUAGAUAUUUAGGACUCUGAAGUUCCUUGGAUGUGCGGCUGAUUAUCAAAUAAAAGGGACAACUGUGAAAAAGAUUUAAAAUGUAUGAUUUGUUGGUGUAAAUAAACUGUUUACGACAUUUUAAAAUA